AUGGGAUCGUCUGAGUUGCCUCAGGAUUGUCUUGAGGUAACUGCAGCUAUUGAUGACAUGAACAAUUUGGUGUUAGUACUUCUUAUUCGAGUCAUCCAUCUGACUUUUUCACAAUCUCCAGAAUGCCCAAAUUCCAGGGCUCCUUCUCAACUAGGGGAGCCGAACUGGCGACCAAGCCAACGUGGACGCAAAACUCAAGUCCUCACUGACUUCUCAUUGAGUGAAGGGUACGACGAUGUAAGAGUAGCACAAUGCAGUGAAAGUUAUACUGCUGUCACGGUAUGGACUCGUGAAUCAAACGGCUCCUUGAUAUAUCGGAUCUCAGACGAAGAUCUCGCCGAUGAAGGCUACCGAAGAGGUUUGGUUGACCGCGAAGACAUUGUCGUCUUACUGGCAAGAUCCCCCGGUGCCAUCGUCCACCAAGAAAAUGUUAUCGGCGUUCCCGAAGGAUUCACCGACAUCCACAGCGAUUUCUAUUGCGUUCGACGAUUUGGAGACUGCGGAGCCGAACGACCAGUAUUCCGAUUCGUACGGGGAUUCGGCUCCUCACUUGCCUACGCAUACUCCCUGGAUCCUACUGCAUCGUUUCCUGGCUAUACUCGUGAAGGAAAGAUCCUCUGCUAUGGAUGGUCGGACAAUGGAUCCGUGGUGCAUCCGUUAUCGGCAGAGAAGACUUGUCUACCCAUCAAUGCAAUAGCGAAUGGCAGGAUCACCUACUCAUCACCUCCAUCCACCAUCUAUUCCAUAGGGACAACGGCGACACUCGUGUGUGACCCUGGUUAUCUGGGUGGUGGACAAAGUGCAGUACUUUGUGUCAAAACAGGAUGGUAUCCGUCUACUGGUCUUGGUUACUGUGUGAAACGAAAUGAUUCUGUCGUCAACAGUGGAUCGGCAACAGCGGUAUCGUCGGCAUCACAAGAAUGCGCUGCUCUAGGAGGGAUACCUGAUGGGCAACUCAUCUACAGUACCCUAGCUAUUGGAGCCGGGCAAUCCUGUCCGGAGGGCAAUCCUGUCCCUGAUACGGUCUCAGUAGACGAAGAAGAAUUGCCACGGCGUCAAAAUAGAGGAAGACCUGGGUUAGACUGUUGGGGACGAUUUCUACAAGGCACUCAUGUGACAGUGGUUUGUAAUCUCGGAUUCAACGUAUUCGGCACGAUUGACGCCAUUUGUAUCAGUGGCCGAUGGAGUCGAAAAUUGGGCAUUUGUCAAUCGAACUUUCGACCAAAAUGUCCUCCGCUCGAUGUGAAGUUCCCAGGCAGGGUCAUCUACAAUUCUUUGGCACCGUAUAUGCCAUCUGCAACAGCCACUCUCACCUGUGACCUGGGACUUUCCGUCGCUGGUGUAUCCACCUUAACUUGCACGGAAGAUGGUUGGUCACCAAGUGGAGGAUUCGGCGAGUGCCGAACGAUUACUAGAAGAAAGCGACAGGCACAGACAGGAUUGAAUUGUUCGGCUCUUGAUAGACCAAGCAGCACGAUAAUGUACGUCCAGGCCAACACCUCUAUUCCUUAUUCGACUGACACUACGGCGUUCCUUAUGUGUAACAUCGGCUUCACAUCUCAAGGAUCAACGUCAUCGUUGUGCCAAAAUGGCAUUUGGACGCCUCCGUUGGGCACGUGCUUAAGUUCAUCGCAGAAUGGUUCGAGCAACUUGGUUACCGGACAGCAACCAGGAAUGAAUUCCGGCAAUGCUGGAAGCACAUGCAUGGCCAUUGCUGCACCAUUAAACGGUUACGUCAACUAUAGUCAAAACGCUAGCGGUGAGUCUUUUGUCGCCCUUCGUCUCAUAGAUGGAGAUGGCAACCCUGGAGGCAUUUAUCCUUCUGGUACGGUAGCAUCACUUUCGUGCAAUCUCGGCUAUACAGUAUCUGGAUCAAUGGCAAGCACUUGCUCAGGUGGAACUUGGAUUCCAUCCGUUUUAGGGACUUGUAACCCAGGACUCAGCGGACUGGGUACAGUGAUGGGAAGCAGUUCGCUUACGUGUACAAAUCCUCCUACAGUUAUGAAUGGAGUCAUUUCCUAUAGUAUGGGUACUGCGUCAGAGAUAACCAAGCAGUCGGGCACUGUAGCUACACUCACGUGCAAUAUGGGCUUUACAUCAACCGGAUCACCGACGUCAAUCUGUCAAAACGGUGCCUUCACGCCUACACUGGGCACGUGUAUUCCAAUAGCUGGAGGUCCUGCUGAAGUCGUUUACCAAUGUACCGGCGGUGUCGGUGGUAUCGUUGGUACCACUUCACAAACAUGCCCACCUUUGUUCCCACCAUUUGGCGGUACUCUAAACUAUUCCAACGGAUCUAAUUUUGGCCCCUUCAAUGCAGGAACUACCGUAACACUUCGCUGUAACAACGGAAUCCCAACUGGAACUUCUGUCAGCACAUGUAUGAAUGGGCAAUGGUCACCGCCUACACUUGGAACAUGCUCUCUGGAUGGAGGCACCGGCACUGGCACUGGGACAAGUGUCACAUGCCCAGCGUUGGUCGCACCAGUAGGAGGAACGCUCUCAUAUUCUCAGGGUGGAACUACCGGACCAUUCCCAUCCGGCUCAACAGUAUCGCUUAUGUGCAGUUCAGGGUUUCCAACAGGUAUCUGUAGGGUCUUCUUGGAUCAUAAUGUCAAACAAGGCGGUGAUUCACGUGCAGAUGCUGGCGAAGGUCGAGAAUUGAUAGUGAGUAGGCGGGGCAUUUCGUUUGCAUUCUGUACGAAUGGUCAGUGGAAUCCACCAACACUAGGCACUUGUUCCACUACCGGAACAGGAGGUACUGGCAAUACUGGAACUGGGAGUGGCCUAACUUGCUUUGCAAUGUUCCCUCCAUUCGGAGGAACACUACAGUACUCCACUGGUGGGAAUACAGGGCCAUAUCCAGCCGGUUCAACUGUGACUCUUAUGUGCAAUAAUGGAUUCCCUACAGGUCCUUCAACUGCUUCAUGUACGAACGGCCAAUGGAGUCCUACCACUUUGGGCUCGUGUUCAACGACGGGUACCGGAGGCGUAGGAGGCACUGGAGGCAUCGGAGGCGUAGGAGGCACUGGAGGCAUCGGAGGGCAAACAUGCCCACCUAUAACGACUCCAAUCGGAGCCACUGUGAGCUAUUCUACUGGAAACAUGCUUGGUCCUUUUAACUCGGGAGUCACUGCAACGAUGAACUGCAUGAGCGGCUCACCAUUGGGAGCAACGUCAUCAACCUGCUCGAAUGGUCAAUGGUUCCCACCAUCCCUUGGGACUUGCAAUUCAAGCAUGAUCGGUGGAGCCGUAGGUAGCAGUCCUGGAACUACCUGCCCUGCGCUGGCUCCGCCUAUGGGUGGUACAAUCUCGUUCUCGAACGGUUCAAUGGGAACACCCGCUACGACAGGAACUAUUGCUACCCUGACUUGCCUCAGUGGUACAGUUUCAGCAACCACUUGCCCUGCGAUGACGACACCAGUUGGAGCGUCACUGACCUAUUCGAAUCAGGGUCUUUUCCCACCUUUCCCAUCUGGAACAACGGUUUCAGCAAGAUGUCUCAGUGGAAGUGCAAUGACAGGAAUGAGCACGUCUACAUGUAUGAAUGGCGUUUGGACUCCAGCAACACUGGGAACAUGCGGAACAACGACUGGUGGCUUAGGUGGCACAACGGGAACUGGAACAGGAACAUGCCCUACUACUCAAGCAAUUGGCGGUACGAUAGACUACAGUGACAAUGAUUUCUCUAUAAAUCACUCGCCUGGUUCUACUGCUACUCUUCUUUGUACCAGUGGAACGCCCUUGGGUUCCGCUAUAUCGACCUGCAUGAAUGGGCAAUGGACGCCUCCACUUGGAAGCUGUUCAACAGCAGCAAAUACUUCGACUUCGGGGUUUGUAUGUUACUUCCCACCGUUUUCUCCGUUCGGUUCCACGCUCGCCUAUUCAAGUGGUGGAAACACAUUUGGACCCUGGAAUGCAGGAACAACAGUCACGAUGACUUGUCCGUCGGGACAGACUCCGAUAGGUUCGUCUACAAGCACGUGCAGUAAUGGUGUAUGGACAACCCUUGGGUCAUGUUCAUCGACGGGAGGAUCGACCUUUUCGUUUUUAUCCGGCUUCUCCUGCUUUUUCGGACUGAUCGAACCGUUGGACGGUUCCAUCACCUAUAGCGAUCCGACUCCACCGUAUGCGCCAGGAUCAACGGCAACGCUGAUCUGUGAUCCUGGCUUCACUGCAAAAGGGCCCAUCACAGCCAAUUGCACUGAUGGCUCAUUUACACCGAUUGGCACAUGUAGCAAAACAUGA